AUGGAGUCUAGACGGCACGAGCUCGGUCAAAUGUUUUUCCCCAAUAGCAGCGAAACCUGCGUAUUCGAUGAAGGCUGCCUGCGAUUCAACAUUGGUGAAGGCAUCGACAUCAUGCUUGGACCUGUGACACCCACAACAGGCAGAGCGGAGGCUGCCGAUUUCUCGGCCCCGUACGACGUCAAUUACGUGGGCCUAAUGGCGUGGAAGCCAGUGAAAUUCGUCGACCCAUUCAACUUCGUCCUCUCCUUCGACCUAAACGUCUGGCUGGGCGUUUUCUUCUGCUGGUUGCUUUUAGCCUUCGUUACGGCGAAGAUGGACAUCAUUUCAAGCUCGUUGUUUAAACACAAGAAGAGGUCAUUCCCCGAAUAUUUCUGGAUCUACUACAAGCUGCUGUAUCCAAAUUGUUACCCUAACAACAAGGCGUCCUGGUUUCGGCUCCUAUUCGGAGUGUGGCUCAUUGCCCUGGUGGUCAUCAUGGGCCUCCUCAACUGCACGCUCACUUCGACGAUGCUUGUGAGGAAGACGAGCGACUACGUGGACAGCUUUGAAGACAUAUUGCGCUUUCCAAAAGUGAAGAUCGCUGCAGAGAAACUGACCUACUUUUCCAAGAUAUUUCAGGAUCCCGUGGGGGAGACGUUCAAAAAACUGAGCAGCCGGCACCAGAAGGUCGUUGGCGUGUACGUGGACGGUCCAGUACUGAGGUCGCUCAUGGACGAAGUUCUCCAGAAGAAACGGGUCAUAGUCGGCCCGGACGUCAUGCUCAAGUCCCACAUCGCCGAUCAUUUUGUCAAGACUGGGACUUGCAGACAUCACGUGGCCAAAGGGACGGGUGGGCCCAUAAACAUCGUGAUGCUCGUCCGGAAGACCUUGCCGAAUGAAUUCAAGAGAAAACUAGACAAAUUCAUCACGCACGUGAACGAGUGCCACGCCUACCACAAGGAGAUGGAGUGGCGCCUGCGCAAUUACACCAUGUGCCAGAAUGAAAAGGACGACGGCAUCAAGCCACUCUCCAUGGUCGACCUCCAGGGCGGAUUCGUUGUUCUUGUGCUACGCUUCUUUGAGGCUGCGUGGAAGCGGUACCAGCCGUAUUCCUGA